AAUGUUUCCCUUUUCUUCGUUGAUCAUUUAAUUUAGUUCUUCACAAUAUUGUGUAAGGGGGGGGGCAAGAGAAAAGUGUGUGAGAGAGAUCCCAGUGGAGAUGCCCCCUCCCUGCUUUCUGAUGUCACAGAUGGUGCAGGGGACCAGCCCGCUCACAGCAUGGUGCCUAUAUGCUUUCCUUCCUCCAUUGUUCCCCCCGUUAAAAAAGAAGGGGGGAAAUACAAAAGCAGUUGGAAAACAUGCUUAAUAACUAAUUCCAAAUAAUUUCCCAAACAGAGGGCUCGGGCUAAGCAGAAGGGAGAGCUGUGCAGGCACAAGCGGAAAGAGAGAGAGAGAGAGAGAGAAGGGGAAGGAGGGGGGGCAAAACCUGCCCCCAAGGCUUCUUGGGCAUCUGGACAAGAGUUUCUUUGGAUUCCUUGCAUGCUACUAGAGGGGAGUUUGUUUCCCCCCCUGGAGCCAGCAUCUUCCCCCCUCGGUGCCUUUUCCUCUGCAGGAUGCUGCCCGGGCUUCUCCUGCUGGGUUUCGCCUUCCUCCCCUGGGUUUCUGGGGCUCAGACAUGCCAAUGCCGGUGCACCUGCCUGGCAGAGCAAGCGAGGAAGGCCCCACAGGUGCCCAGCAGGCAGACGCGGCAGCUUCGUCACAGCCGCCAGCCUGGGCAGAGGCACAGGCUAAGAGGGUCCAAGUCUCGUUCAGAGGAGGUUGUACCAUAUAUCAUCGACCACCCCUCUGACCUCGUGGUACGCUGGGACCAGGCUGCGACCUUGAACUGCCGUGCGGCUGGGAACCCGACACCCACCAUUGAGUGGUAUCGCAAUGGCGAGUAUGUGAAGACAAACAAGGAUGAUGGUCCCUCCCAACGCACCCUCCUGCCGGGUGGGUCCCUCUUCUUCUUACGCCUCAGCCAGAGGAAGGGGAAAUCGGACGAGGGGGUAUACAACUGCGUGGCCAGAAACCACCUGGGUGCAGCCAUUAGCAAGAAUGCUUCUCUUUAUGUGGAAGCUCUGCAGGAAGAGUUUCGGCUUCAUCCCAGCAACUUGGUGGUGACAACUGGAGAACAACUUGUGCUGGAAUGCUUGCCCCCUAGAGGACACCCCGAGCCUACCAUUUCGUGGAAAAAGAACGGCGUCCCCAUAAAUGAGGAAAAUGGUCAUUAUGAGGUGACCAACACAAAGCUUUUGAUAGCCCAUGCUUUGAAGAGCGAUGUGGGAGCAUACACCUGCAUGGCCACCAAUCAAGUAGGAGAGCGAGCGAGCAGAGCUGCCUUGGUCUCCGUUUUGGAAAAGCCAGUAUUCACUCGGCGGCCUAAUGAUGUCGUGGCCAAGCUUGGCAGCACCGUCCUGUUCAUGUGUGGAGUCCAUGGAGACCCAACGCCCGUCAUCCAGUGGCACAAGGAAACGGGAGAGCUUCCCUCCGGAAGGUAUGAAGUAAACAGAGAAAACGUCCUUCAGAUUCAGCACUUGACGAUGAACGACGCCGGGAAAUAUGUCUGUACUGCACGCAACCAGGUGGGAACCAUCUCUGCCAAAGCAUCUUUAACAGUGCAGGAUCCCCUGGACACUGGCCAGAGCAAGCAGGACAGGCCAAAAGAUGUAUUGAAGGAGCCGAUGGAUGCAAAGGUUUACCUGGCAAAUGUCACUGCUGUCCCCUCCACGCCAGCAGCCCACCUGCACUGGAAGGUUGUCUCCUCUUCUCAGCGCAUAGAUGGCUAUGUGGUGUUCUACCGCUCCCUGUUGCCCGUGACCACGCACUGGGCUGAAUGGCACGUCCAAAGCAACCACCGUACCAUCGUCCCAGGGCUUGAGAGAGGUUAUAAGUAUGAGUUCAAGGUGCAACCAUAUUCAGGGAAGGUUAAUGGCUUGGACAGCAACGUAAGAGAUCUCUGGAUCCCAGAAGAAGUGCCUGGUGCUUCCCCUGAGAGCAUCAGCAUCACCACAUUUCAAGAUGCGAAUGGCACUGUGAUCAUCCACUGGGAGCCCCCUCCACAAGACAUGCACAAUGGUAUCAUCAAAGGUUACCAGGUCUGGUUCCUGGGCAAUGAAACUUUCUCAGGCUCUAACAGAACAGUGGAUGGAGAAACACACAGCCUAGAAGUGACAGGCCUGGCUAACGGGCAAAAAUACUGCGUCCAGGUAGCAGCAGUCAAUGGAGCUGGAACUGGAGUGCCCAGUAAUCCUGUAUGCAGUGCUGUAGAGCCGACAGUCGAGAAGAUGGCCAAGACCCCCGACUUCCAUUCCGCCAACUACAUCCUGGAAGUGGUGCGCCAGCCUGUCUUCAUUGCCAGUGUGGGUUCGGCACUCUGGGUCAUGCUGAUGGCAUUCACGGUUUAUGUUUGCCAGCAGCAAGCCAGGCAGUAUGGCCGGAGACGUCCAUAUGCCCUAGGUGAAGGUUUGUAUAGGAACGCCAGUGAUGACACCAUCAUCAAACACAGGGUAGACUGUAGUGAUUCUCCCUGGCUUUCAAACACAUGGAAGUCAACUUCGGACUCCAAGAACUACAGCACCAGCAGCAGCUUGAGCAGUCAGCUCCUGUGGACUGAACCCAAAGAUAACCAGGAAUCCCACAAAUCUACACCCUUCGACAGGCAGAGCCAAGGUUCCUGCAUCCAAACUGUUCCUUUGGUGCCUGAUAGUAGGAGCAGCAGCCUAUAUGGGGCACUCUACGUAGAUCUUCCCGUGAAGGACCUGAAAACUUUCUACAAUGCCCCACCGCCUCGCCUUUCUAGCCCCAGCCUGCAUGCCAUGGAACUGGUGCAAAAUGGUGACCAGGUGUUCAUGCCCCACUACAGCCCGAACCCCUGGCUGGCCAGUACGAGGGGAGCAGCACGUCAAGGGCCACGGAAGGCAAAGGGCUCCCUAUCUCCAAAUCUUAUACUUCAGGGAUCCUGGGAUAAAAAUAGCAAGAAAGAGCUACAACAAGCACACAGCACUCCCACGCAGCCACCUAGCUUUUCGGCAGACUGGAGCAGCCAGGGCAGCCAGACAAGCUCUCGUAUCAGCUCUGGGAAGCACCGGAGAACUCAUGGGGAGAUGAAAAAGGUGCUGAAAACAUACAGCUCCCCGAAGUUCUCAAAAUGCAGCGCCUUGCAGAACGGUGCCGGUUUGUUGCCUCCUCCUCCUCCCGUCCCUCCGGGUUUUCAAGCUCCCCAAGAUCACAGCGCCCAGCCAGUGUGUACCUGCACUUGCUACCUGGAUCCUCCCGUGGACUUGGUCCUUCAGCAGCAAGACAAAGAUUCCCUGCCGGCAACCAGUGAGUCCCUGGGAGAAAGCCAUACCUUCCCCACUCUGCCUUACAGCCGUCUUUCUGCAGCCUCGAUCUCUGUAUCUCUCAAUGAUGAUGGGGAGACGGUUCUGACCCCUGAGGAGGUGGCUGAAUACCUAGAGCUCAGCGAGGAGGCAGAGCAUCAAAGGCAACAGAGCGACGGCGUUUCUGCUCCUCCGCGGGUCUUCUCCCCACCUCAUACCUAUGGCUACAUCUGUGGUCCGCUGGCCUCCGAGCUGCCAGAGAACAGUGCCAUGGACGACGACGACCCCAACAUGGAAGAGGAAGGUGGCUGCCGUUCCACAAAGUUCUUCCGCAGUUUCUGCUGGACCCCCUCGUCCAGCCUGAGUGAGGAUGACGCCUCGCUGGGGGGCUCCCUGCUCAACGGGUGGGGAUCCGUCUCGGAGGACAACGGCACCAGCACCCGCUGCAGCCUGGUCAGCUCCACCGACGGCUCCUUCCUUGUUGACGCCAGUUUUGCCCAAGCUCUGGCUGUGGCGGUGGACAGCUUCUGCUUUGGGUUGACCCAGAGGGAUAUUGACAAGGCAUUGACAGACAUUUUGCCUUCAGCACCCCCUCUCAACGGACUCCUGCAACCACACGCUUCCUUGGAGAGCUCAGAGGAAACUCAGCAGAAGCCUCCCGGAUCGCAGCUCCUUCCUGCGUGGGAGUGGAGCACAGAUUGGGUGGAUGAGAUGGAAGCCAAGUAUCCGCAGCAGGCUGAGAACUGGAACGCCAUUCCGGAGUUGGGAAAGGGAGAGGCGGCGGCAGUAGCAGCGCUGGGAGAAACCCAGCCACUCACUUCUGCCUUGAAGGGGAUAAAGGGUGCCUGCAUGUCUGACUCAAGCAGCUAUCCAGACAGAGAAGCUGGGGCCAUCAAGGCUCCUCUGACAGCUACCCAGGACUCUGGGUCAGGAUCCUUUGCCAUUCCCAAGAGAGGAGAGGAACCGGUUGUGGAAAAGCUCGCCACGCCAAACAAAGGGGGUCGCUGAGAAGCCCGGACAGCACAUCUGAGUGUGGGGACAAAGGUGCACGAAACAGAUCAAGGCAGGCCCCUCCUGCACUUCCUUGGAAAGGGGUCUGUCAGGAUCAGAGAGGGAUGGGGGAGACGUUCAGUUCAGUUUGCAUUGAGAGGAGGAUCGAUCAAAUUAACACUUUUCAAAAUGAUACACAGACCAUAACCCAGACAUUCUUUGAAAUCCGCCCUCUGUCAAGAUUCUGCAAUGCACUACUCCAAUCAAUGUUUACAAAAUAUGGCCAGAUUAUGGGAGAGAGUGCAUAAAAAGGAAUACAUUAG